AUGGUAGCGUGCUCGGACAUCUCGUAUCUCUCAGGUAUGUUCAGUACAUUAUCUUGUACUUCCUGGAUCUUUGCCCAGCUACCUCAGAUCAUCGAAAACUACAAGAACAAGUCAGCCGAAGGCAUUUCGCCAACCUUUUUGUUGCUCUGGUUCAUGGGCGAUUUUUUAAGUUUCACCAGCUGUCUUUUGAACGACGUCGUCCUUCAGUUCCAGAUCUAUUUGAGCAUCUUCUUCUUGUGCAACGAUAUUACUUUAUGUUUCCAGUACUACUACUACAACAGUGUUUAUCCACGCAAACAUGGAUUGAUGUACCAGCCCAUAGCAACAGAAGCCGCAACAUUUGCAGAUGCAGAAGGGAAUGCCGUGGACAUGCAUUCGAGCUCCAAUUCUGUCCACAUACGACACACCAGGAACUCCGAAAGCAAAUGCCCUACGCCAGCAAGCAACACUAGUUCCACAUCUAGUAGCUACAACUCUAUAAACGACAACAAAACUUCAGUCCUCAAGGUAGCAGCUAUCUCUACGAUUCUCAAUGCGGGAAGCUCAGCUGCUAUGCCAAUUUUUGCCAAAGUUCUGACAGAUGACGAUACCGACGGGUAUUCUGGAAAAGAGACGUUAGCACUAGUACUCGCCUGGGGAUGCACUUUAGUCUAUAUAAGCUCCAGAUGCCCACAGCUAUACAAAAACUACUUGAGAAAGUCGGUCGACGGAAUAUCACCAAUUCUUUUCGGCGCUGCUCUUUUAGGCAAUUUAACGUACACCCUCUCCAUAUUGACCAGCUGUGAAUUUGUAUUUGGCGAUUCAAAGCUGGAGUUCAUCAUGAAAGAAUUGCCCUAUAUACUAGGCUCGUCUGGAACCAUCGUUUUUGACGUAGCCUAUUUCUACCAGAAAUACUUGUAUAGAUCCACAGGAAAAAAUACCCAAGUCAUGACGUUGGAAAACUGGAGCUCUAUCGACAUGCACAAUGAUAGCAGCGAAAACUCGGCCUUGGUAUAG